GCAACAUGAUCGCAGCAUGAACGCCGAGUCGUCUGUUUGCAUCUCUUUUCUUUGCAUUUACGUGCUCAGGGUACCAACAUCUCGCACUCAGCAACUGAGUUACAGCAAUGCAUCCGAAUCCCUGGAAAUUUUGCCAAGCGGCGACAUUCAAUCGAGGUCCAUAGGAUCUAGUAUAAUUCUAACAUGCAGACCAAAAGUUGAGAACCCUUCAUUGAUCUCGCACAUGGAGUGGGUAGAUCCCCAAAAUCGCGUGAUCGAUGAUGCCAUAAAGCAAUCAGGAAAUGCGAAGUCAACAAUGUAUACAGAAUCACGUGCUGGAAAUAUUCUAGCCCUUCUGUUCACCAACCUGCAAGAGGAACAAGGCGGCAAAUAUACUUGCAGAGCGACCUAUGCCAAUACUGAAAAGCUAGAAAAGUCUGUUACAAUUGACACUAUAGUUUCGAUUGCGUGGGAUGAUGCUCCAUUAAAUCAGUAUCCAAUACUCGGGGAGGACUUUAACAUCAAGUGCAAAGUCCGAGCACGACCUUCGCCAUCUGUUGAUUGGCUAAAAAACGGAGAUUUGAUCACGGGGAGCAAUGAUCACUACAUCAUUGACACAUACGCACUCAAGCUCAAGAAAGUUACCGAGGACGACGAUGGUAUCUACACUUGUAGAGCCUCUGUGCCAACGACAGGUGAACUCAAAGAAAGAAACAUUCGUGUGGAGGUGCACAUAAAACCGGUAAUUGAGGAAUUGGAUUCAACAAUUGAGAUUGUUGAAGGGGAAACCACGGAUAUCGUGUGCAAAGCCAGAGGUAAACCUCCGCCCAAAUUCACUUGGGUGAAGUCCAUAACGCAUCAGGAUUUAAGCACUGCUGAUCGAUUCGCUGUCAACAAGGACACAGGUGUUAUGUCAAUCAGAAAUGUGAAUCGCGAGGAUGAUGGAGAAUACCAGUGUACUGCUGCAAAUGCUGCUGGUACUGCUAACAUGAACAUUAGGCUUAACGUGAUCGUUAAACCAAAGAUCAUGGAGUUCAUCAACAAAACUAUACCCGUCAGUAGAGAUUUAGAAAUAAUCUGCAAGGCUUUUGGUCGUCCACCUCCCGAAAUCCUUUUCAGGAAACACACAUCUGAGAAGCGAUUUGUCCUCGGUGGACAACCCAACGACGAUCGAAUCAUCCUCGAGAAUCACCAAGACGAUCGCAACGGAGAAACUGUUGGAAUUCUCACCAUCCGUAACGUCAUCAGGACCGACGAUGGUUUGUAUGAGUGCAUAGGCAAAAAUAAAGGUGGUACUAGUUACAAGAACGGACAUUUGACUGUGGAAUUCCCGCCUUCGUUCGAGGCUACAGAUAACCGCACCGUGUUUGCAUGGGACAAGCAUCCUGGAAACUUGACUUGCAUAGCCACAAGUAUCCCCAAUGCGACAAUUGAGUGGAGGUUGUUUGGUGGUCAAAGACUCGAAUCAUCCCCACAAAUCGAAAUCCGUGGCAACGGGCCGAUUUCCUCUCUCAUAGUUUAUCCCAUGGACAACCGCUUUUUCAACACUUACAAGUGCAUUGCUUCGAAUAUUCAUGGAACCAAGGAACGCUCAUUUGUGCUUAAAGAAGGCAGGAGGCCAGGACAGCUUUCCCAAGUAAGGAUCGUUCAAAUGACGGCGACUACGGUAUCGUUCGAUUUGGUGUUGCCGCCUCAACAGGACGAACUUCCGAUUCGAAGGAUCAGUGUGCAGUAUAAACUUUCAGAUCAAGGAUGGGAUAAGGCUUUAAACAGAACGUGGACUGUCGCAAAUUCUACCUACAUUCUGGAGCGACUCGAACCGGAGAGGAAUUAUGACUUCCGUUUUGCGCCAGGAAAUGAAGUAGGUCUCGCAAACUGGGGUAAUCAGAUUACAGAAUCAACACAGCCGAAAUCGAGACCAGAAAUUCCGAAAAUGCGAAACCAAAAUGCGCAUGGAGGGGAAUACGAAAUGUCGCCCUUCUCGAAUCAGUACGAAGUCGCGUGGCUGUUACCUCCGGACAACGGAGAACCGAUAACUCACUUUGAAAUUACGUACUGUCCACUGAAGAGAAUUGCCGGAGAGUGGGAGGAAGUGCCGAAUAGUUGUAAAACUGAGAUAGAGAAAGGACAAAGGACGGUUUAUUGGUUGAAGUUUCUCUCCGCCGAUACAUACUACAAGAUUGAAGUCAGAGCGCGCAACGUAUUUGGCCUCAGUGAACCAGGAUUCAUACGGAUCAAGACCAGCAGAGAAUCAUCCGGCGUCACUGUGGACUACUCGAUAUUAUCUUCUGGGAAUACUUGCAAGCUCUCCCUGGUGGCCGCCUUUGCCACAGCAAUAACGAUCAUAUCUCUAGCCAUUUAGAGUCGUCAUCAGAAUCGUAGAAGUGAAAAAAAAACUACUUUUCCAGAGUUCAAGGGACUAUGCUACGAUCGAUUACUCUCGACUGUACCUGUUACAAUUGUUUGUAUAGCAAACACGCCAAUCGAGUUUCGCGUCGAGGGCUCAAGAGUGCGUCCCCUUCUCAUUAAUCUUAGUAUUCUAAAACAUUGCACAAAAACACUGUGAUCAGCGUUCAUACCUGAGAUGCAGAGGCAAAGGCACUCUUUUUCGACUCUAGUCUCGUCGCGAAAAUCAAAAGGACUUCGAGAAUCGCGAGCAAGCCAAUGUGCUUUUAUAGUCCAUCAAUAUAGCUAUAGAGUUUGUAGAAUAGAUACGACCACAUGAAGCGGUCGGUACAUUCCGAAGUUAAGAUUCUUGACAAAAAGACGAGCAUCCACCAAUUGAGGUUCAUUGCUUCUCUAGUAAAGGCCAGAUAAUUCGCGAUGCUAGAUUAGAUUUCAGGAACUGAGGAAAACAUCUCUAUCCCGAAUGAAAAGUGAAGCCGAAACAGAACAGAAAAUCAAGUCUCAAGUCUGGUAAAUUUAAGACUGGAAAGCAAAAAAUAAAAUUCUUUUCGGUAUCAGGAUCUUUUCAGGUAGAAUCAAAAUAGGAAUCUCAAUUUACUGAAAUUAAUUAUCUGUCUUUAAAAGCUCUUUUUUCGCAACACAAGGCUUCACUUUUAAAAUACUUCCCAAUUCUUUGUUUGAAAAAGUAUUUAUACUCAUUGUUGAAUGCUCAUUGUGGAAAACGUACUGGUACGUUCUUUUUACAUAAGUCCUCCUUCAUUUUUGUACGAAUAUCUUGACUUCCUUUAAAAAGCCUUAUAGUAUGCGCCAGUUUACGCCAGAUCAAAAAUUCUCGGCCUCGCGUCAUUUAUUAGCUAGCUAAUAAUUCCAAUUUCACGUAACAAUGUCGUGUUUUUACAGAUAGGAGAAGAUUAUAUGAAAAAAAUAUCUGAGUGUUGAUGGCGUUGCAUAUUUAGUGUUUGAUGUGCAUUAUGCCUAAAACUUACUGCCCUAUAAAUAUUUGCCAAAUGCCUGUAGCAAUUUAUGGACAAUGAAGCGAAAACCUGGAGAUUUAUGUCUUCAAUUGAUUCGUAAAAGUGAUCUAUUUUUUCCUAGAGGCAACCCAAGAUAUAUUCGCUUGUGUCUUAGCGAGUUAGCAGAGCAAAAGUAUUUUUAGAUAAUCGUUUACAAAAUAGACGGGGAAAAAGUGUUUGGAGGAUCGAAUAGGAAAGAAUUAAUUCUUUGAGAGAAAGUUGAUCCUACUAAAGCGUGUUUAUAGUUUUCGUUUUUUGUUCUUAUUUUUUUUAGACCGUCGUCCAAUCCUGUGCAAAAUCCGUUUUUAUCGAAAAGACGAGGAUUUAAAAAAAAAAGUAUUUACGUUUUAAAAAGUAUCUAGAAUAGCAGCGGAAUUUCCACAGGUUUACAUCGUAUUCUGGUCCAUGCAAUCAUGUUUAAAGCCAAAGAAUCCGAAGUACACUCUGUUUCUAAAGCUCUUCGAGAUAACCCAUAGCAUAGUUUUACACGAAUUGAUAACUGCAUGAACGAUUCAGAUCUGACCAAGUGGCUGGGCUCAUUUCAAAAAUAUUUUGUACACUAUUUUUAUUUCCUACUGCUCCAGAUUAAGUUCUUUUACAAUUAUUUUUAUUCUUAUUCCCUUGUUUUCUAAAUCAUUAAUCCUGCUUGAUUAGUUUCGGAGAUACGUGUUUUAGUGCGCAUGUUCUGUGAGUUAUGGAUUAUAAUCCUUACGAUUAUAGUGUUACUAUCAUUGUAUUAAUAUUAUUACCUAUUAUUAAGUAUUAAAUUAGUUAUUAUAAUAAUUAUUAUAGUUUUUAGUAUUUCUUUAUUGUUCGCUACCGUUAGUAUUAUCGUAAUCUCAUUAUCAUUGUCAUCUUCAAAUUUUCUUGUGGUUAAGUUCAAUCUUGCAAGCAACGAAAAUAAAUUAAAAGUCAACGAAGUUAUGUUUCUUUUGGCUUAGUGCAAACUUAAGGAUUCAUAUCACUUUUUGUUUAUUGAGUUUUAAUAAUACCUGGGACAAUACACUACAUCGCAUGGCAUGUCCUUCGUUAUUUGUUAUCGUUUUUUAGAAGUUUUGUAUUUAAUUAGCCUCAUGUGCUGCUUCCUCUCUUUAACGAAUCUCUUUCGUUUUUCUGAAUGCUUUACAAUUUUACCGGAGAAUUAGUCCGUCGCUCGAACGUAAAAUAUAUAUUUUUUAGCCGGCCGGAGAAAAUAUUUCCCGCUUUCAACCUUUUUUUAUCAUCUAUUUUAAAACUUGGAAAACCUACCAAGAAAAUCUUUCUUUUUUUAAUGCAGAAAUCUGCUUAUGCCAAUAAAAAUGUCAUUUCCGAAUUGUUUUAUAUGUCUGAUUUUUGUAUGUGAUUUAUAAGAAUAAAGGCGGUAAAUUGAGAGCGAAACUUAAAGUAAAGGAGGAGUAUAGCCAUUAAAGAAGUUUGAGGCUCUUUUCGUGAUUGCAUUUAAAUCUGACUUUAUUGCGAGGGGAAAAGAUGAAUUCGCUGGUGUGAGACUCUCAUCCAGAGACAAUAGUCGACAGAUAAUGACGAGAAGUGACAAAAAGGAGGAGUAAGAAAAGAGAGUGAAAAGGGUGUGUUCUUUUUCAUGCCUGACGCUGAACGAAUUGUUCCUUUGAAAUGUUAUAAGCAUAACAGAAGCUCCUUAAGAACGAAAAUUCUUCUGCCCCCCCCCCUCUCUUUAAUUUUUAACAAACUAUAGUUUUUUUAAACGUACAAAGUUGCGAAAAGUUUUCUUCCAAUAAUUGUUUUUCCUAAAAAGUACGGGAAAUUUCGACCCCCUUCGUCAUUUAUAAUAUCCCAAGUUUCACUUGAAAAGCAAAGUGAGCAUUCUGCGAGCUUCUGCAAAUAGCUCUCCAACAAGAAGAGUGAAAAUGAAAGAGAGGGGGCAGUAGGAGUGGUUGAUAGUUUCGCACCAUCGAGUUCUUUUCUACUAUAUCCCGCUUUACUUGUGCAGCCUAUUUCGAAAAAGAGUUGAAGGAAGAUGGAAAAAUUCGGGAAAUGAGGUAUAGAAGUGAAGAAAUGGAGUGAAAAAGAGGAUUGCACUUCUUAGAGGAAACAAAUUAUAAAUAGACGUCGGAUGCUAUUGUUGAGAUCUACUGGAUAAGAAUUAGGGGGAACAAAUGCGAGUAGAGUAACACUUUAAUCUCUCCGAGUUUCUUUCAGCUGUCGCCUACUUGUUUUAAAUCAAGAAAUCGAGAAAGACGUCUUCCUCUUCUUCUUUGUUGUUUGUUAAUGCGUGCACUAGUACAAGCGCAACUGCCACCAUUUCUACACAGCGAUGACAAACAUCGGAAUUAUUUCUAGAGUAGAUAGAUAUAAUAUGUAUAAAUUUACACAUAGGUUUAAUUACACGUAAAUACCAUUCUACGAUCAUAUUUAUAAGCAAGGGAUACGUACUUGUCACCUGUGAAAUGAAACCAUUGUAAAUAAAUUAUACAGCGACCGAAGAAAUACAUGGAGUGUCUAAGAAAAA